AUGCAACAGCUAGUUGAAAAUAUGCCAGCCAUUUGCCUAGCUACUGCAACACAUUCUAGUCAAGAACGUACUACGGAGUUCACAAGAAGGAUUAUGUUUUUGUUUUUAAUCUUGUUUGGUCUACUAAUUACACAUUGUACAUCACAAUCAACCACCAUCACAAACACCACCUCAAGUGAUUUUGUCACCAUCACAAAAGCAGAUGUUGUAAGCAAACCGGGCUGCCAAAGCAAAUGUGGAAAUGUAACCAUUCCAUAUCCUUUUGGUAUCGGUCCAGGCUGCUUUCAUAGCUACUGGUUUGAAGUCUUCUGCAAAAAUCAGUUGAAUCCCCCAAAAGCCUUUGUUGGGGAGACCAAAACUCUCCAAAUCCUUGAAUUUUCAGACUAUACUUUCCGAGUUCCUAGCAAAGUCGCAAGCCAAUGUUAUGAUAACUUUGGAAACCUAACCCAAGAUGAUCCAAUCGUAUCAAGUGAUCUACCCCCGGGUUCACCCUUUACUGUUUCCCUAAAGAAUCAACUUACUUUGAUUGGUUGUGAUGAUUUAGCCAUGAUUAAAGACCUAAUACAAGCGAACUACACUAGUGGCUGCAUAGCACUGUGUUCAAAGCCUGGGGAUGUUGUCAACGGGUCUUGUUUAGGCGUCGGGUGUUGUCAAACAUCUAUCACAAAGGCCAUGAAUCUGUACUACAUAACUCUUCGUAGUGCUGUAAAUAACCAUAUUAAUAUCUCUACUUUUGAUCCUUGUGCAUACUCAUUUUUGGCAGAGCCAAAUAUCUUUACGUUUAAUGGGGUGUCAGAUUUUACGGAUCCCAACUUUAAGAACAGAACAGAAGCUUCAGUUACGCUGUUGGUUGAUUGGGUGAUUGGCAAUUUGAGUUGCAGUGAGGCUAGAACUGCGGGAGUUUUGACUUGUCACGCAAACAGUCAGUGCAUUGAUUCUGAUACUGGAGUUCCAGGUUAUCGAUGUGAAUGCAAUGAAGGUUAUAUGGGUCAGCCAUAUCUUGAGCCAGGUUGCCAUGACAUCAAUGAAUGUGAGGAUCCUAUGAAUCUGUGUGAUGGGGGUUGUACAAAUACUCUUGGAAGUUAUUGUUGUGAAGAUGGAUAUGUUGGAGAUGGCCCAAACGGUCGUCGUUGUAACAAGGAACAUUCUCAGUUUCCUGUUAGCAAAUUCUCUUUAGGUAUGGGGUUUGGUUACUUGUCCAUUUUGAUUGGAAUAACAUGGCUCUAUUUUACCUUCAAGAAGCGAAACCUUAUUAGACUUCGACAAAAAUUGUUUCAACAAAAUGGUGGUUUGUUACUUAAACAACGAAUUACAGGCAAUAAUGAAAGCAAUGUGGAUUCAACUAAGGUCUUCACCGCACAUGAGCUUGAAAAGGCCACCAACAAUUAUGCUGAAGACAGUAUCUUGGGUCGUGGUGGUUACGGGACAGUAUACAAAGGCAUUUUAAACGACCAACGAGUCGUGGCAAUCAAGAAAUCACGUGUAAUGGAUGAAUCCCAAAUCGAACUAUUCAUCAAUGAAGUAAUAAUCUUAACACAAGUUAACCAUCGCAAUGUGGUGAAGCUUUUGGGAUGUUGUUUAGAAACUGAGAUUCCAUUAUUGGUAUAUGAGUUUGUAUCAAAUGGAACUCUCUUUAAUCAUAUCCAUGGCAAAGGCACCAUGACAUUGUUAUCGUGGGAAAAUCGUUUAAGGGUAGCAGCAGAAUCCGCAGGUGCACUUUCUUAUCUUCAUUCUGCCACAUCGACCCCUAUUAUUCACAGAGAUGUAAAAUCCGCAAACAUAUUAUUAGAUGAUAACUACACUACCAAGAUCGCGGAUUUUGGGGCAUCAAGACUAGUCCCGAUUGAUCAAACACAAGUGACUACACUUGUUCAAGGGACCCUAGGGUAUUUAGAUCCCGAAUAUUUCCAUACAAGUCAGUUAACCGAAAAGAGUGAUGUUUAUAGCUUUGGAGUUGUGCUUGCUGAGCUUCUAACGGGGAGGGAAUCAUUGUGUAUGGAACGAACUGAAAAAGAACGAAAUUUAGCAUCUUUUUUUCUUAUGUCACUAAAAGAAAAUCGUUUGUUUCAAAUUCUUGAACCUAGAGUCGUAAGGGAGGGUACACUAGAACAACUUCAAGAAAUUGGUGAGCUUGUGAAAAGAUGUCUUAGUCUUACGGGUGAUGAGCGUCCUACUAUGAAAGAAGUGGCGACUCAACUUGAAGGGUUACGUAAGUUUACUCAACAUCCGUGGGCAGAUAGACAUGGGGAUAAAGAAAACACCAACUUGCUAAACAUCAAGAACGAACAAACAGACCUUUAUGAAGAAUCGAUGAACCCGUAUACUAGCAGCAAGAAAAUCUCUUCGGGUUAA